GUGCGCAGUACCGCUGCGCAGUUGUCCUUGGUGACGGAAAGCAAAGUUUACAGUUUGUGAUUUUCGUCUCGAACGGGAUUUAAUUUCGCCAAUUUCCCGGUCACGUUGAGUCAACCGACCUGGAUUAGUUGCCCACCGGACAGUGACUCGCACAGAAGUGACAAAUAUGGACGAUGUACCUGCUAACAAGGCGUUCAAGUCGCGACAGGUGACAUCUUUCACGGGACAAAAGUUGCUGUGAGUUGACGGAAUUUUGUUUGUAUAUCCGAUCGUUCCCUGCGACCCCCCACCCAUCCACGAACCCGCCUGCUUAGUGGACACAACACAACUUCUUCGUGCCGUCAUGGCGAGCGGAGCAGGGAUGUCGUGGCAGUAUUACACCACGAACUCCCGCCACGGGAACGUUCCCACCGCCCAGAACGGCCAGAUCGGUGGGGACAUUCCUCCGGAACUGCACUUGAAAAUGUCCAAGAAGAUUGCCCAGCUGACCAAAGUCAUCUACGCCCUCAACACCAAGAACGACGAGCAUGAGCUGGAAGUGUCCAGGAUCAAAGAGGCACACAAGGACGAGCUCCAGCAGCUCAUGGGGGAGAUGCAGGGCAAGAUCGAGCUCUACAGGAGCAAGAUUGGUAGCGAGCUGGACAUGCGCCGUCAGAUCGAGUCCCUGGAGUCCACCAUUUCCGAGCACGAGAGAAUAAAACGCCAGGCCAUCACAGAGUUUGAGAUAUUCAAGCAGAACAGUGAAGAAAAGGAGCGACAGAUGAGGUCAGAACACUCCCUGCAACUGGCAAACCUGGCCAGGCAACUGGAAACAGCACAGAAGGAGUUCCAGGCACAGCUGAAAAGUUUCCAGCAACAACAGCAAGCAGCCAUCGCAGAUAAGGAAACCUCUCUGCAGGAGCUGAGGUCAGUAUACCAGAGACAAGUGGACGAAAUAUUGAACAAGCAGCGAACACAGACCUCCGAACUGGCAGGAGAGAGGGAAAAAGUCCAACAAGAGUUGGAGCAACAGAUCCUGAAGCUGAGGCAGGAUUGUGAAAACCUUGAGGCCCAGAACAGGCAAGUGGCUCAUGAGUACGAGGACAAAAUUUCCAAACAGAAGGCCCUCUUUGAGAAAGAGUUACUGGUUCUCCAGGGACAGCUCAGUGAAGCACAAAACAGCCACUUAAGUUCACAGGAAAACGAAGUUCAGCUGAAAUCUCAGAUGAGCAAGCGUAUGGCAGAGUUGACCAACAAGGUGUCCCAACUCACACAAGAGGUGGCCAUCCGGGAUGAGGACAUUAGGAAACAUGCCAAUGACCUCUGGCAGACAAAAACACAGCUAACAGGGAAGGACAAACAGCUCACAAAGCUGAGUGAGGAACUGAAUGCAGCCAGGGGUGAGGCAGCUUCUAUGCUAGGUAAGGUCAAGGAACUGGAAGGCGAAGUAGCCACACUUGUACAGAGGUGUGAGAGUCAGGGGCAGGACAUGAUCCAGAAAGCCUCUCUCCUCAGUACCCUGGAGGAACUACGUGUCACAAAUGAGAGUAAAAUCAGAGAGCUGCAACAGGAGUUGCAGAGGACUAAUGAUCGGUCAAAGUGGCUGGAAGAACAAUGCAACAGCCUCAAGGACCAGACCCAAACAACCGCCCAGAAACAGAACUCACAGAUAGUAUCUCUUGAAAAGUCCCUGGAAAGUCUGUCCCUUGAGAAGCAACAGCUUGGGGAAGAACAUGCCAAGGAAGUGAUGAGGCUUCAAAAGGAAGCAGAAGAGCUUCAGAACAGACUUCUUGCUGAGCAUGCUGCCAAGAUGAAUGAGCUGGAGAGACAACACCUUGCUGCCAUGGCAUCAGCUCGGGAAAAUUGGGAGAAGGAAAUGAGCAAUUUGCAGAGAGAUCUUCAGGACAAGAUGAGUCUUGAAGUUGGCAAGCUGUCACAGGAGAAGAGUGUUGUAGAGUCAGAGUUAGAUCAGUUGACCUCUGACCUUUCCAGUAAGCUCAGUUUCUCGGAGAGGGAAGCCGACAGGCUGCGUAAGCUUGUGGAGGAGAGUCAGAGUGGGCUGGGCACUGCCACGUCUCAAAUCAACAUGCUGAGAGAAACAUCCGCCAAGUUGCAGGAGGAGCUUGUUGGAGCUCGCUCGCAGCUGAACAAUGCCAAACAGACCAUCGAAAACCUACGGAAAGACCUGGAAGCCACCAAAAACGAGCACCAGACAGCCCUGAGCAGGGCUCAUCAGGAUCACAUGGCUCAGCUGAAAUCUACUGCAGCAGAACUUGAGAAUAGCUGGAUCGGAAGAAUGCAAAAUGCCCAAGAACAGCUAAAACGCCAGCUCGAGCAGCAGUACACAGAGGAGAGGAAAGCAGCCGUGCAGCAUGUCAAUGACAUACGUGUGCAGGAGAUGGAGGAAGCUCGCAAGAGCUGGCAGUCAAAGCUGAACGACCUAACCCGACAACUCACAGAGUAUAAGACACAGUACGAGGCCAUGACUGCUCAGUCAGCUGCUGAGAAGGAUGCCACAAAACGCUGGGCAGAUCAGGAGAAGGACAGGCUCCAGAAGGAGCUGGACAGCAUCAUCAAGCAACACCGGGACAAAAUUUCUGCCAUGGAGUCCGAGCAUCAGAACAUGGCCUCAGAGUUGUCCAGGCAGAAGGAGGAAGAGCUGAAAGCUCUGCAGGAGAGCCUCAGUGCCUCCCAUGCAUCUGCUCUGGCCAGCGAGCAGGAGCAGCAUCAGCAGGCUCUGGUGUCGGUGAGGGAACAGGCACAGGCCUCACUGCAGACAGAAGUCUCCAAAGUCAAGGAAAUGCUAGGCCGAGACAUGGACAAUCUGCGAAUGGAGCUUGCACACAUGCAUGCCGCGGAGCUGGAGGAGUUGAACCGCGGGCAUCGUGCCCAGCUGCAGGCCGCCCGGAUGGAGCUGGAACGCGCCAUGCAGAUCAGCCAGCGGCAGCAACAGGAGAGCGAUAUGAAAAUCUCUGAGCUGCAGGAGAAUCUGCAGCAGAAGACCUCCAAUGUGGAAAAUCUGCAGCGGCAAAUGCAUGGCCUGGACACCAGCGUCAAAAGCCUGCGUAAAGAACUCGACGUCAAAGGACAAGAGAUCCUGCGUGUGCGAAGUGAAACCAAUCAAAUCAUGUAUCAUAGGGAGAAUGAACUGAGACAACAACAUCAAAUGGACAUUGACAACCUCACGGCUGAGCACCUGCGGGAGACUCAGUCCAUGCUCGGAGACUUCAACCGGGCGCAGGAACUUCUCAAAGACAAAAUUUCAGCCCUUCAGAUCAAACUAGAAGAAGCAGAGGACAGAUUCCAAAGGAGAGAGUCCCGUCCUGAAGACAUAGAUAUGAUUAAGAACUUGAGAGAAGCCCUGAGCAGCCGUGAACUUGAGAUGAAGAAGUUGAUUGAGGAGAAGCGGUACUUCCAACUAGAACUGGUGAACAGGGAGACAAAUUACAACAAGGUGUUCAGUGCUAUGGGGCCAAACGUAGGGGUAAUGAAUCCACUGGCCACUAAGAGAAAGAAGACUGAGAAAACCGGACCGACCAGGUUCGAAAGUGCACCUAAUCUGAUGGCACUAGGGGGUCCCCCCAGGUUAGACCCACUCCCUGGGUCCUCCUCCCCCACAAAUGACUUUUUCCAUGCAGGGGGAGGUAAAGUGUUGCCAGUACCGUCUCCCCCCAAGCAGCCAAAAAAGUUUUUGCAGUGACCAUGACAUAAUGUGAAUGUUUUGUGUGUGAUAGUAAGGAGCUAUACAUGUAUAUAUUUAACAAAGGGCUAGGUUGUGGAAGUGAGAGAGGGUUGAAAUGUUGCCAACAACCAACUUCUCUGUCAUGUACCGUUGACUUUUGUUACUCUGUUUCCUAUGUGUGCACAUACACAGAUGAUUCUCUGAUUGUCAAGUGGAAUGUUUUAACACAUAGUGAACUGUAAAAAGUCAUGGCUUUUGAUAUGUCACAGGGUCACAGUGCUUUUCCUGUACAACAUUCUCUCACAAGGAAAGCAUUUGCACAGCUGGCUUGAAAAGCCCCAAAUACUACAGUACUGUUGCACAUUCUCAACAGAAGUGGUCUGAUUUAUGAAGCUGCUGAAAACCGUUUUGUUCGGUCAGUCUGCAAAAAGCAUUAGUGAAAAGCACUGUGAUCCUGUAGGCAUGCCACGUUGUUGAGUGGAAAUGUAGCCAACUAACACAAUAUCUUUGAGGUGAUGUAGUUUUGUCUUGAUGUUUUAUCUUUAAAACACAGAGGACAUCUUGACAUUAUACCACAGCACUCUUAAUUUUUAUUAGUGCCAAUAUUUGUAUACAAUGAAAUAUUAAACAGUACUGUUACUAUCCAGUUCUUCUCAUGUCCAGUGCACCAAUGUUGUAAAACAACACCAGACACUGUCUGUCUUACUAAGGAGCCAAGUUUGUAGUCAACUGUUUCUGGCCACAUUGAGUACUUUCUGCUGUGAUGUUGUGUGAAAAUGUUAUAUUUGGGUGCCAAAUGUUAUGUUUGUCAUGAAGGAAUUAUACUACGACAAACUCACAAGUUAUACUGUACUAAGUACUUCACAAGAAGACCACUUCAAUUAUUUUGUAUUCACAAUUAUUAUUAUUAUUAAUCUGACAAAAUUUGGUUUUAUUGACAGUAUUAAACAUGUAUAUUGUACUGAAA